AUGCUCAGAACACAUAGACCCCGAGGUUUCGCCUGGAAUUGCCCCUCCGUCUUCCAAGAAACACAGCUCUUCCGGGACGUUAGAGGCGACGACUGCGAACAUAUCCCUUCAAGAGAGGACUUGCUUGAAUUAGAUGGCGACGAUGACUUUUACAUUCCGCAACGAGCGGCCAAGCGAAGGCGGAUAGAGAGGAUUGCAGACGAAUUCAUGAAUGGCUUCCUCCCGGAGAUACAUUGCGCCACCUUGGACCCACAAGCUGUCACUGAAGCUAUUGUAUACGACUGCUUCGAAAGACCAAGAGAUGCUUGGGAUGCUCUGGAGAGGGCAGUUUAUGAAAGACCAAGGAAGGAGAAUGCGGAUAUGUGGGAGGACGUGGAGUCGGGUCAAGAUGUCUUGCGCGCGUUCCUCGCCUCUCAAGUCCCUGUGAACAAUGCACUCAUUCGGCAAGACGAGGGCAUCUCAUGCGUUCAGGAGCCUAUAAUCACCCAAAUCCAGGCUCAGGCGAGCUGCAGGCCUCGAACACGUCUUCGUUCGACUAAACCGGCAAUCGGACCGAGUGAGGAUGCCUUGAGGGUCGCCGCUCAGCUACGCAAUCGUCGCUUGCAAAGUUCUCACAUUGACCUUUGCGAGUCCCAGCCUCAAUCAUGUCCGAGGCAUGUCAUACCAGAAACGCAAACACAGUACUCUUAUUCGGAACCUCAGGACGAAACUGUCUCGGACUGUGGUCCCUCACCAACGCCCGCCUGGACAAGCUCCAAAUGGAUCACAAGCGGUGCUUUCCAGCUCCCUAGAAAGGAUGUGAACGAAGAUUGUAGCAAAGAUGAGUUGGGUGCCACUUCGAUAUUCACUUCGUCUCAGCGGUCACGCAACCGCUCGCGACCUCUGGCAAGAGCUCGAUCUGGGACGAGCGCUCCUACGCAUCCAAGUUUUGAUACUGUACCACCACCUACAGCUUCUACCUACGCAUCUACGUCUUUUGAGACCACGCUUUCCAAAGCUCAAGAACGCAGUGAGGUGCAGCAAUUCGAGGUCAAUACGAUGGAUAAUCAAGAAGCUUGCAACGUGAUUGGCACGAGCAUUGAGGAGCAGACCGAGGAAGAUCAAUCGCAUGCCGAUUGCGAUCAUGGUGUUGAUGAAGCAGACAGCCAGGCAAAGCUGCUUCGACAAGAGGGCCUUGAUGUGCGUCCACGCAAAUCAUGGGCAACUACUAAUAUUACUCGAGUGGAUCUGGCCGAGCCUAGUGUACAAUCGCACGCGAAUCAAGACGUAUGUGCUGCCAACAAUCCAGCAGUUUCUGGAAGACGAGCCUCGCUACGGUCGUCCGCGCUUAAAAAUACGCAGAUGGCUCCAAGACAACGCAAAGCGAAAUCUGCCGGAAGUACGCCUGCUCAGACGGACAAGGACAAGGCAGAUCGACGACGCACUGCACCUCUAGACUCCCAACAAGGAGCCGAUGACAUUCGCAAGGCUCUUGUGGACAACGCAAACAAGCUAGCAGCAUUCAGCACUGAGUACACUCAGGUCGAUGGCCAGGGCGGAUCACCUUUCAUGUUUCGCAAGCGAGCUUCAAGGAGCAACAACUUUGGGGAAUCUGGUGUCACGCCCGUUUCUCGCCCUCAGCAGCCUUUGAAAAAGACGCGCCGUCCGCAAGCCAUGUCCCCAUCUUCAGAAAGUCCACAAACCUUAAGGGCCGAGGAGGGCCAUGCCACGGAGCAAGUGACACGAGAAGAAGAUGCUGGUUUUGGGUCCGAGACACCGCUAGUCAACCAGUACCUCAACAGCAUCCUCCCGAAGGAUACAUCUACUGGUCGAAGGUCAUCGUCUGUUAAGAAAGCACUACGAGACGAGUUGAAAGCAUGCGGGGCCCGUAUGUCAAGAUGUGCAGAUGAUUCUGGAUCUUCCCAACCUGAGCAAAUGCGUGCGCGGUCCGAUCAGCCAGCAUCCGAUGACCGGAGCGACGUCGAACGAAUUCAAGCUGCACGCGCGGCAAUCGAAUCUCAGGGUCACGCAUGGCCUGGGACUCAAGCUCUGUUGUAUCAAGCACAGAAAGAUCUCUUCACAUCUCCGGACAAAACAGACAUCGAUCUUUACCUUGGUGAAAAGUCUACCGCAAGUGCUGACUCUGGCAAAAAGACUGGUCGUCAGCCGCUGAGACAGCUAUCACAAGAGCCACUGCCAAUGCCCAGCACGCAGGCUCUCCUCGACGGAUGGAAAGGGUGGUCAAGCGUGAAGAAGCCGGUUUCGCAAGAGAGACGUACAAGUUACGGGCAAUCUCCCUCGGUGGGCAAAGGGCUCCCAAAGAGCUUCAACUCCGACUCAGUUCAACAUGCGGAGUUCAUUGACCGGAGACGUAGUAACCUGCGAUUCUCAAUGUCAUUCUCCGAUCUGCCCGAUGUGCCCCACGACGAAAGUAAUGGGGGUGAGCCUUCGCCUAGGCCAGCUACUCAGCCUCCACAAAAGACAAACCUUGACAGUUUUCUCAAACCAUCUCUCAGAACUUCAAGUGGAAGAGUCGCAUCGUCUCUCAGCUUCGGUUUCACUCCUCCGGACCUACCAGAGAAGACAGCACAAACAGCCCGUCACGAACAGCAGGAGCGCUAUGAUGUACCUGCAGCAACAGAUACCGUGUUCAGUACUGAUAAAGAGCCGAUGACCAGCUAUCAGUACGCCCAAGAUCCAACCGUGGCGGUCCCUCAGGCAGGCGAUGUAGACUCCCAGGUCCUCUAUCAAGACAUCACCGAAUUGGCAAACGAUGUGUUAGGUUCUCAGGCCGGCACUGGUCUAAGCUUUUGA